AUGGUGGACUUGCUGCCCGCCGGCGUGAUCAGCCACGGCUUGUAUGGUGGGUCCAAGUGGGUGCAGAACCAGCCCACAGGCCAUGCCAACUGCUGGGGUGUCCUUCGCCCUGGCGCGCCCUUAAACUUCAGCUACGUGUCAGCGAUGGUGGGUGCCGGCUACAUUGCCUGUGAAGGGCAUCGAGUGUGUGGAGCCACCAUGACCAACGACGGCUUCGGGCGCUGGUCGGUGCCCUCGGCCAGGGAUUUGGCCGAUGUCUUCAACAUGAUCAUGGCCAGCUCCCAGAGCCAGCUGCAGUACUUCGACAUGACCGUGGAGCGGAUCUUCGAACGCAUGAACCUCCUCCAGUCCGAGCUUCGUCGCUCCGGCGCGCCGUGCACCGCAGCCGCGCAGGCUGCGACGCCUGCGGCGUGUGCCGUUUCGGGCGCGGGGGCACAGCAACUGCCGGUAGUGCCGGGUGCAGUGGUGCAGGGGCAGGUCAUUGAGGAAGGACAGUGGCAGCCAGUCUCCGCGACCGCGCCGCUCCGCCCCAGCAGCGCGCGGCCGGGGAUGGCCGGGGCUGGGAUGGGUUCCUGGGAGCCUUUGAACGUCAUGCCUCACGCAGCAGCUCCCGCCCCUCACGCAGCGCACGUCCCCACACCGCCACAAACUGCGCGCGUGGGUGCACCACGUCCAGGUUCAAGACCUCCCGACGCCCGCAUGGCAUCAGCAAUGCCCGCGCGGCCAGCGGGUGGAGGUACCCCAGGUGCCCGGGAUGUGGCCGACCUGGCAGCGGAGCUCGAGCGUUGCGCGCAGCGGAGCUCGUGGGCUCAGCCCAGCGCGGCACCCGCGUUCUCCCCGCGUUCUCCCAGCGUGGCUUGGUUUCACCUGGUGAGCUCCGGAACUCGGCCCAUCAGGGGCUCUGGCCUUGUCUUGGUGAACGACCUGCCAGUCCCGAUGGAUAUGGCCUGGGAGAUGGUCGGUCAGUGGUGGGAGAACCACGUGAGUUCCAUGAGUGGAGGUGAUGUCGAGCCGUUGUCGCUGCGGGAGCGCCCAGCCCGCCCACACCGGAGCUCCAGUGAACGCGAGGCGCGCCAGCGCGCCGGUGUGUUGCUUUCGAUUCUUUCUGGCCGACUCUUGCAUCAAGAGAUCGACCACUGCAUGGUGGUCUACCGCAACUCAGUGGUCUACCAGUCCCGUCGCUUCACCCCAGAGACCUGGGACGCGGCGGUGAGUGGCAAAACCGUCUUCGUGAAGUUCCUGGCUCCCUGGCGCCUCGCUCUCUCAGCAGCAGAUCGAUCGGAUCCAAAGGGGAAGGUGAGGCCACUGCAAGAAGAUGAAGCCCGAGCCUUGAGUCGCAGAGAGGCCUUGGCACUCCCGAGCACGCUUAAGCCAGAUUGGGACAAGCUGAUGAAGGAGUUCGAGGGCUCCUCCUCUGUUCUCAUCGCCGAUGUGGAUUGCACCGUGGGCAUUCGAGGCUACCCAUCAAUCAAGUACGGAGACCCCGAUGAUCUCCAGGACUACAACGGUGGACGUUCCUUGGCAGAUCUCCAGAAGUUCGCCAAGGGCUUGGGACCCAUGUGCGGCCCGGCCAACAUGGAUUUGUGCGACGACGCCAAGAAGACGCAGAUCACCGAGUCUCCGGGCGAGACGAAUUGGAUGCCGGAGACCGGACCGAAUUCGGAUGAAGGUGUUGUUGGACAUCAAACUGCAGAGAAUGCAGUACUUGAAUGCGAAUCCAGUCCAGCCAGGCUCGAAUCCGACUUCAAGACGUUUGUGGAGGGUCUGCAAAAGCAGUACCAGGAGAGCAGUGACAAGAAGGACAAGGACGUGGAGGAGAUCAAGAGCUCCGGUCUGGGACUGCUCAAGGAAGAAGUUCCUGAGUACAGUGUUCAGGUGGAUGGCUUCGAGCCUGCCCGACGUGGCAGACAUGCGCCGCGGAGUGUAUCCGUUCACCGGGACACCGACGGCGAACGAACGACGGCGUCGGAACUCGCCGAGGUGAUCUAUUCCCUGACCAUCCGGCGAGGCGAUGCCCACUGGCCCAUCCGCCGGCGCUUCCGGCAGGACCGGGCGAACGGAUGGACUGGAGGUUUGGACGUGUCGGCCGAAGGUGGCGGUUUUGGGCGCUGCAGGUCUGGUGAAAAGAGUUUAGGGGAGGGGAUGGUUUCGGGCGAAGGCGGGCUGCUGUGGAGGCAGGUGGCCAAGUUGCAUGAGCAGCUGCUGCUGGGCUUUGGCAGAUCCUCGAUGAAGAGUGGCCUGCCGCGGCUGCCACCGAAGGUGACCUGCAGGUCGUUGUUCUUUGGUCAACAAGACCAGCGCUUCUUGCAGAUGCGAGCCGGGAAGCUUAGGUUCCUGUCCGAGGACUUCUUCCCAGGUUUUCACAUCCUGGAGAAGCUGGAGGAGUCGCCGAUCUACCAAGUCUACGAUCGAGGCCAGCGCUUGACCGAUCCUCCACAAUUGGAUUGGUCGAAGGCAAAGGAUCUGGCCGAAGCUCAAGAGCGCUUGGAAUCCUUGCUGAAGAUCCCUCCCAGAGAUGCUCGGAGCACCUAUACGGAUCAUCUCGUCCCCUCCAAGGAAGAGAUGCAGCUCCCCUGCGCCUUCUUCACGCCUGACGGCGAACGGAUCGAAGCACUGCAGGGUCUUCUACGAUCUCCGGUGCUCUUCUUCCUCGAAAAUGGACAGUGGAUGUGGCCUGCGGUGCGCAUCGGCUUUCAGCAAAAUGUCACAGGGCUGCCGGACGUCUACUUGACCACGCUGUCGCUGCGGCCGGCUGUGUUUGAAGUGCGAAACUUCAUGUCCUCCCAGGAAGCCGAUGAAGUCAUGGCGAUCGGCGCGCAGCAGGGUCUGCAUAGCUCCAAGGGACAGAUGCAAAGCAAUGACCUGAAGAAAGGAACGGCGCAGGUGACGCGCAUUCCGGCCGAGCACAAUGAGCCGGUGCAACUGCUCCGCUACGACACUGGGACCUACUACCAUGCACACAUGGACUGGACUGAGCUGGACUUCUACCCAGAUCAAAGACACAUCUGGAUGGACUCCCAUUUUGGUCACUUCGACCGUUUAGCCACCCUCUUCUGGUAUUUGAACGAUGUUCAGGAGGGCGGGGAGACGAUCUUCCCUAAGUGGCUCGGAUCUUCAGCACAGGUGCUGGGCUGGUCAUGGAAUGGAUCCCUGUCACGUCAAUGA